AUGGGAGAUUCCUGUAGCAAACCUCGUGGAAAAGACAAAGAAAAUAAUCCCAAGAGAAAAUCAAUUAAAAAUAUUGAUAUUUUAAAAGAAAAUAAAGGAAAAAUUGUAAAAAAAAACAAAAAAAGAGUCACGUGAAGUAGAAGAUUAACUGUUAAUAUAGAGUAUAAAAAUGACGAUGAUUAUAAUGACAAAAGCAUAACAGACAGUGGCCAAAGUAAGGUCACUAAAAUGCUUGAUACCAGUUUUGACAUCGAAAACGAAGAAGAAAUAAUUCCAAUUGCGAACGAUAGCAUAAAAAUUUGCCAUAACAGACAGAUUUUAGCCGAAAAUACAAAAACGAGUGUGAAUAAAAAUUUAUCCCAUAAGUAA